AUGCGUUUCACCAUCGCCUCCGUUGCCAUCAUGGCUGGUGCCGUCGCCGCUGUUCCUCAGUACAGCGUCCAGCCCAUCUCUCAGAUCUCCGACGGUCAGAUUCAGGCUCCCCCUGCCACCAGCGCUGUUGGCUCUGCUGUCCCUCUCCCUUCGCCAUCUGACGUCUCCGUCCCCGCUGGUGUCACCUCUGCCCUCUCCUCCGCUGCUGACAUGACCUCCACUCUCGCUGUCACUGAGACCGCUUCCGUCACCUCGGUUGUAGUUGUCCCCACUGCUACUCCCGUUGCCCCCAGCGGCUCCAUGGUCACCCCCAUCGUUGGCGGUAACUCCACUGCCUCUGCUACUGGCUCCGCUGCCGUCUCCUCCACUGCCUCAUCUGAGGAGUCCGCUACCUCUGGUGUCGCUGGCAGCUCCACCGAGAGCGCCUCUGCUCCCGAGUCCACUGGUGCCGCCGCCGGCAACAUGGUCUCCUUCGGUGGACUUGUCUUCGCCAUCGGUGCCGCUGUAUUCGCAUAA